CUAGCUAGUGCAAGAGCAGUGCUUGAAUACCGCACUAAUAAAACGAUAAAUGAUAUGUGACAGACGCACACAUAUCAGCAGAUGAAAGAAAGUCUUAUGCACCUGGGAAGCCCGGGAAGGAGGAGGGAUGCGCCGUAGUAGAGUCCUCGCACUACCAUCCAGUGGGGCUCACUGCCGACCGCCUGGAGCGGGAGAACCGCUGCCAGGGGUGGAGGAGACCCCUACCAUCCACCAAAACACGGCGGGGCGUUCCAUCCACCAGGGGCCGGAGGACUGCCUCCAAUUCACCCGGUUUUAUAAUCAUGGCUUUUGUUGUUAUGGGGCUUCUUGAAAGGGACAGUAUUCGGCUUUCAGGGGAACCACUUUGAGUUUAGAAUAUUUUGAUUGUGGAUUUUGAACUCUUUAAAGGAAUUCAACAUGGAAAAUUUUCCAAAUCCCAAAAGGACUGUUACUGUCCAGAUGAUGCAACAGCUUGCCAGUAUAGAUGCCCUGGGCAAUAAGGAGUUAAAUGGUAACUGGGACAUUGGACCAAAGUUAAUCUUAAAUCAAGAUUGCUCUUCUACGCAAAAAGCUAAAUCAGAUCAGGAACAUAUGCACCUUACGCCCUCUGUCAAAGAUUCAAAAUCCCACACCAAGGAAGAAAAAAACAUUGUAUCCCAUGGCUGUGAAGAUCACAGGCAACCUCAAAAUAGUCACACAAACCCGAAGAUGUCAGGUCAGUGCGUCAAGAGCACUGAAUAUCGAAUUAAUAAUUGCAGAUCUAAUUCAAAUUCAGAGUCAUUAACUGUCCUUUCCGCUAAAAGUCCAUCAUCCAGCCCAUCAUCUACAGUUACACAGAACACUGACAAGGAGAAAAAUGGCAAUAGCACAACAAAGGCACUAGAAAAAAUGACCAAAUCACAGAGCAAAACAUCAGAAACUAGUGCAAUCAAAGGGACAAUGCAGAAUCAAAAGCCAAGCGAGGCUAGUCCCCCAAACCACUCGAAAUCUGCUCGGGCUUCUCUUGAAAAGGAUUUAUCUCCCAGCACCAACAACACAAAAAAGGACAUUUCACUUUUAUCUGAAUCAAAAGAUUUGAUUUGCACCACCAGCAUAGCCCAAGAAUCAACCAUCAGCAGUAUCCAGUUUGAGCAGCUCCAAGUGGGAUCAACUACCAGUGCUCUAAAAAACAAUUGUUCCAGAGUUACAGAUGAGGUUCAUACAACAGCGGAGACAUUUCAACAAGCACACAAUGACGAGAAACCUCUGACAAAUAUUCAGACACCCCAACCUCAUGAGAUAAAGCAUGCACCUGUAAAAGAGGACAAUUGUGUCGUUGAUUCCACACCACCAGGAAUAUCUCGAGAGACUCCCUCUGGGCACCUACUGGUAUCUUCGAGAAGCAAUGUCACGAUCCCUGAUAACUCAAGCCACUCGUUCCACACGGAAGCGAUUGUUGAGGAAGCCCAAAUGCAGGGAGCUGCUCUUGAAGAGCAGAAGCAAGUCCAUUGCAAACUCUACUGUGAGGCAUCUACCAUGACUUCUGCUGUUCAGUUCAGCAACCAGCCAAGCAUGCAACGGCAUGAUGUAGAAGUGCAGGCAGUGGCUAUGGUUUGCAGUCAAUCUACAGCCACUAGCCCUAGUCUUCUGCCUCUACAACCCCAUCAGAGAUUAAUUGGUUUACUUCCUGAGGAAACUGAAAGUUUAGGAGUGGUCUUUGGGGUAGAGACCACAGACCGACCAUCAGGUGCCACCUCAGAGAUCCAUAUGAACACUCCAACUGUUGUUUCUUCCAGUACGAUCCUUCUCGAGAAGCCCACACAAUCAGGUACAGUGAUGGUACAUGUAGAUGCUGAUCUGCAGCGGGAAUUAAAGCUUGGGGCCAAGCCUAAAGAGCCUGGGUCUUGCCUACCUAAUGCUCAAAGAGGAUUUUCACCUCUACACCCAGUCUAUCAAAUUAACAUAGAGACCUGCAACCAAAAUAAAUAUUCAAAAGAAGCUAGAUGCAGCCUUCAGAGCCAAGGCUCACCUGCACUCUCAGGAACUGGUCCUCAAAAUUCAGCCAGUGUGCAGGAUAAAACAUCUGAUCACGCCAGUCAGAAUCUUCCAAAGGAAUUGGCCAAGCCUCCCACUUCUAAAUCCGCCCUCUCACAAUCCGAGUUCUAUCCACAGGCAGCUACUUCUUCAGAGAAACCUCCAUCAGACAGUACAAUGGCCACUCCUCCAACAUCAAGCUCCACACCGCAGAGCAGGAAGCAGCAGGCAGCUUCCAAGCUGAAGCCAGAGAAAGAAGAACAGGAUGAUGAGAAGGCAGCAAAGGAAACGAAGAAGAGCGUGCAUGAUGUCGUAUGGGAUGAGCAAGGUAUGACCUGGGAGGUAUAUGGAGCAUCAGUAGAUCCUGAGUCACUGGGUUUUGCCAUUCAAAGUCACUUACAGUGCAAAAUCAUAGAGCAUGAGAAGAAGGUCAUGGUCCAAACAGCUCUAAGAAAAUCCUUGUCUUUGCCACCCAGUAAGAAGAACAAGCGGAGGCAGGUUAACAUCAGCUUCAGGUCUAUGUUCCAAAAUAUCCGUCGACCCAACUGUUGUGGGCGUCCAUCAGUACUAGAGUGAAAGACGUUAGGUCCUCAUUGUUAGGUCAGUGUGAUCAAAUCUUCCAUGAGACAAUUGCAAAGCAUGUUGGGAGAUUUCUUAAAUAUUUUGAGGAUUUUGUUAAAUGUAGAAACUUGAUUGUUGUGUGGAGAGCAGUAAUCUUAAAGAAAAAUAUUUUUUAUUAAAGUAAAUUAUGUAUGGUGAUAGUAAAGCUAUAGCAAUGUUUGGAGUGAAAUGGCAAUAAUUUUGAUUAAUAUAGUAAUGGUAAUUAUAAUAUGUUAUAAUGUGCAUGUAUAUUAGUUAAAAAUGGCAGUUUUACAACCAACCUGGUCUCAUAGAAUCACUAAAGUAUACCUACGUGUUCGCUAAAUGAUUUUUACGUGGCUCAUUGUACGUAUCACAACACUUUCCUGGUGAAAUGUAGGCGUUACAACAACAGUGACUUUUAUAAAAAUGUUAAUCAUACAAAUUACUAGUGAAACUGCACGUUAUUAGUUCGUAAACUCUUUAAAUAUACUGCACUUUAACUAUAGUGCAUGACUUGUAAGGCCAUACAUUUGAACUUUUGCAUUACAUAACCAACUACAUUUAAAAGUUGCUCAAGUACGGUCAAAUUGCGCAGUAGCUGGACUGAUACAGCAUUACAAUUGUGAUGCAAAGGACCAGGUACGAGUCCUGAAAAGCAUGCAAGUCGACAUAAGUGAUGUGUCACAAAAUGACGUGGUUGCAAGUGUGUUUUAUGACACUAUCGGUUAGGUUUAGGUUUAGGUUUAAGGUUUAGGGUAGGGAGGUAGGUAGGUUUUGUAGAUAUAAAACUCAAUAGAGCAUUAACCUUAAAAACCUCAUCUGCUUGGGUGAAAAUAUGACUCGCUUUUAAGGCCACACAGUGGACAUUUCACCUCAGAACUGCCGCGAAACAUGUAAGGAACCACAUAAUAUAAUUUUGAAAAUAUUUCACAACUGUCUCAUAAUUUCCAUGAGAUCAGGCUCCUUAUAAUGUAAAUACCAUUGUGGGAUUCAAGAAUAUGCACUGUAUUGAUGAGCAGAUGUAUGCAUAUAAUUGUUAAACUUUUUACCAACUUUGUUUAGUUGAAUAUCUUUUUUUUUUUUUUACUUUUAUUUAUAUAAUUUAAUUCAUAACAUUCUAUUAUUUUAUUGUAAAAAAAAAAAGAAAAGAAAAAAGAAGGAGAAGAAGAAGAAGAAAAAAGAGAUCUUCAAUGCUUGUAGUAUUUGUUUAAACUGAGCUCAUCUCUGUCCAAGUAUAAUUAUUCAACAGAGAUGUUACUAUGAUUUUAUAUUAAAACUAAAAAAAAAAAAAAUAUUUAUCUAAAGUCCUUGUUGACAAAUCAGGUCAACAAACUCUUCUUGCCAUUGCAGGAGAUUUGUCCCUCUUUUGUCAUGAACAGUACAUCAUUUUAAAUGCUUUGUCUGUACAUGUGUGUCUAAACAAACUGUAUACAACCCAUUGCAUUUCAAAGCAGUGUCUUUAUCCAUCAAAUACCUGUCAUUAACAUACUAUAUUGUACCACAAACACUGCUCACUAAUAUCACUCUUCAAUUUAUGUCAAAAUAAUGACAUUAAUGACUUGGAGAUGUUAAAAGAUGCAUAAAAAAACUAUCAUGGCUUUUCAUUUCUGAAGGGAUGCAUUAGAUCUUUAUGUCUUUUGUGAAUCAAGGGCAUAUCUUCAUGAAACUAGGGCACUUUCACACUAGAGUUUUUGUUGUGGACUUUAGCCCUUUUUAUGUCAAAUUUGGCUCAUUUAUGAAAAAUGGUUUUCCAAAUGGAUGCGCACCAGCGAACAAUAAGCAGUCGAACCAAGUGUGAAAACAGCUAUGUCUUUCACAUAAGAAGUAAGGUCUUAUGAGUAAUAUUUCAUAAACAUUUGUUCACUAA